AUGCCGGGUGCUGGCAAGCAAGGUCCCCCUGCCCACCUCCGGCUGCAGAGUGGCGUGCUGGCCACUUCAGCUUUUGCUGCCUUCGCCCAAAAGGCGUCCGAUGGCCUCACCAUGAUCUCGCCCUUUACCCGAGCCUGUCUGGGCAAGCCCCAAGGGGAGCUCCCGGGCCGGAGGGAGCGCAGGCGAUUCACCCGCGGACAGAAGCAGUCGCAAGCCUUCACCGAGCUGCAGGCCAAGGUGAUAGACACGCAGCAGAAGGUGAAGCUCGCCGACAUCCAGAUCGAGCAGCUGAGCAAGACCAAGAAGCACGCCCACCUCACCGACACGGAGGUCAUGAUGCUGGUGGACGAGACCCGCAUGUACGAGGGCGUGGGGCGGAUGUUUAUUCUUCAGUCUAAAGGAGUGAUUCAUAAUCAGCUCUUAGAAAAACAGAGAAUAGCCGAAGAGAAAAUUAAGGAAUUAGAGCAGAAGAAGUCGUACCUGGAGCGGAGCGUGAAGGAAGCAGAAGAUAAUAUCCGGGAAAUGCUGAUGGCCCGAAGGGCGCAGUAG